GUUUUAGGUUAUUUCUUAUCUUAGCGUCCUUUUUAUUUUACUUAAAAAUUGUUUUCUUAAAACGGUGAAUUUAUGUAGCAAUUGUUGUAAUUUGUGCGUACAUCAAGGCAUUCUAUUAUUACAGUGUCCGUGAAACGGCAGUGGUUGUUAAAAGUACUAUAAUACAUAUUUUGUUACGGCCUCAAAAUGAAGAUGGGUAAAAAAGUUCGUGAGUAUAAGUCCGGCGACUUUAUAUUUGCAAAAGUAAAAGGAUAUCCAGCUUGGCCGGCGAGGGUUCAAAGACUAAAUGGGAAAAAGUAUUUUGUAUAUUUCUAUGGAACUGGUGAAACAGCCAACCUCCCUCCGAACAUGAUAUUUGACUAUGCAGAAAAUAAAGAUAAGUUUCUAACGAAAACUGUAAAAAGACGUGAUUUCAAUGACGGUGUUAAGCAAAUAGAAUAUGACUUCGCCAAUAAUGUGCCGCUGGAACAAGUUAUUGGGCUCGUCUCUGAAACUCCAGACAAUGUGAAUAACACUAUCAAUGAUACAUUAAAUGAAACAGCCGACGAAACUAUGGCUGAUACCACAGCAGAUGAGAGCAUAGCUGAAGAGAACACCACCCAAAAUGACACAGCAAUUGAAGAUUCUGAUGAAACAGGAGGCCUAAUAAUUGAUGAAGGAGGCAAGCCAAAACCAGCGAAACGUGGUGCAAAAACACCGGCAAAGGAAACACCGAAACCCAAAGAAGUUAAAACACCAAGGAGGGGCAAGAAGGAAGAGACCGAGAUUAAAGAUGAAAAGAGGGACGAGGAGAUUGUUAGUAGGAGUGGAAGGAAAAUAAGACCUAAGAGGUACAUAGAUGAGCAUACGGAGGAAAAUUCAACACUACCGUCACCAGCGCCGAAGAAACGUAGGGCUUCGCCAAUAGAGAACGAAAAAGAAAAUACUCAAGAAAAAGACAGCGUCAAACAGUUCAAUGUUGUGACACAGAAUGAGCUUGAGGAUUUGAAAGAGCCGUUUGCCCCAGAAGAUCCAGAAAAGGACACUAUAAUAAUCACGUAUCUCCCAUCCGGUCAGUAUGUCGGUAUAAAGUUGUUCCAAUCGAGGCCCAGUUUCAAGAAUGAGGCCUCAAGGCUUCAGUGGGACAAACAGGCGGCAAGCAAUGCACUCACAUUGAAGAUGCAAUUAGAGAAAGGUCAGAUUACAGCACAGUCUGUGAUCGCUCAGUUAGUUAUGGAUCUCAACUUGUCCGAUCAAGAAAAGGCAAUGUUUGACAAGGAAAGGGAAACAGAGGAAAAGAAAUCUCGUGUACAAUUUCUAAAGACUGAAAUGAAGCUCAUAGAGCUCGAUGCCAAAAUCAAGACAUGUCUCUGUUUGGAGAAAGCUGAUACAGAAUUAUGUUUGAAGUUGCUCGAUGAACUUAUGGAACUUGAAUUAAAGCCGCUCAUGCUGUUGAAACAUCCAUCAUGUCUGGAGACUAUCAAACGCAUGAGGGCAUAUGUUGGCAACACUCCAUCGUGGGAAUUAAGCGAAGAGGCCGUGUUACAGUUCAGCCAACACGCUGGCAAGAUAAGGAGACAGGCGGACGUUUUGUAUAACAAUAUGAAGGAACUGUUCCCGACACUCGAAGGGUUAUCGUUUUGGGAGUUCUUCACAGAACGUGUCAGUCAAUUCAAAAAGGCAACAUCUAAACUGAGCUCUGAUGAACUGCUGGAAUUAGUUCACGAGCCUUUGGAAAUGUCGGUACCAACAUCACACACAAUGAAGUCGGCUGUUGAAGCUGCGAACGAAGAUGAAAACGAAGAGUCGAAGAAAAAACCUCCAGUCAAAUCAAAGAAAGUUAAUAGCACUCCCUCAAAACCGCCGUUAAAACGACAAUCGUCGAGGAAACAGCAGCAGGAUGAGAAGGAAAAGGAGAAAGAGACAAAACCUGAAGAACAAAUAGAGAAUACAAAGAAAGAAGAAGAGAAAGAUGUAAAAGAUAAAGAUGACAAAGAUAGUAGCGAAAUAGAAAAAGAUAGUAAAGAAAACGAGAUUACAGACACGGAGAAGUCAGAGGAUGCUAACACAGAAGUUAAUGAAGCAAAAGAUAAAGAUAAAGAUAAAGAAGAAGUAAACGAAAAGGAAGCCGCCGAUGAGACCCAAGAUAACGCAGAAAAGGAAAGUGAAAAAGACAAAGCACAAAACGAUUCAGAUAAAGAUAAACAAGAAAGUACAGAGUCAGAUAAAGAUAAAAACGAUAAAGAUGUUAAAGAGGUCAAAGGAAAGAACAGCAAAGAGGACAAGAGUGAAAAGAAAGAAGAAAAAGAGAAAGUCGAAGAUGAACCGAGAGCGAAACGGACGAGAGAGAGUAAGAAGACUGAUCCGCCGCCGCGUUCACCGACGAAAAGAAAAGCCAAAAUGAAUUGAUAAUAAGAAAAAUAUCACAGAAUAAAUAUAUCAAAUAUAAGCACGCUAACCACGAGUUCGCAUUGACACUACACACGGAGCGUCCCGCGUUGCACACAUUAAUACUAACCUGAUGAUUUAUGACUGAGAAACGGUUAGCGCUGCGUACAGCGUGACAACGCGAACUCGGAGUAAGCGUAAAGUUAUUACUUUAUUAUUAAGUUACGUUUAAUACGAGGACAAGAAAAGUAAAAUAUAUCGAUUGAUUAUCGAUUUUGCUCUUAAACUUGCGUUGACUCUAAAUAGUUUAUUCAUGAUAAGUUUUUUUAUAUAAUGCACUUAUUUCUAUUAGGUUUUUGUAUAUAAAACAAAAGAUAUUUAGGUGCUAUAUGUAAUGCCUGCGUUAUAUACAUACAUAUAUAGAACGUAAUAAUUAUAUGAGGAUUUCAGUACUUCGAAUAAAACAUACAUCGGAUACAUUGAUAUAAUAAUAUGGUACAAUUAAAGGAUAUUGUAUGUGUCAAAAACAAAUACAUUACAGUAGAUAUUUAAUUGAAAAUAAAUAAGGAGAGAAUAAAUUAAAAUUAACAUCAUGUGUGUAUAUUGAAAUGACGUUGACGUGUAAGUAUCCUUACCAUUAGUUGCAUUUAAACGAAAUACGAUCAGUUUACAGUCUCAUUCAUAUUCUGACAUUACAUGUGAGGGAAUUAAUGAAGAAAAACUUUAAAGUAUAUGUAUUUCGUGAAUGCUAACGAAUGGUAAGGUUAUGUAUGUCGUUUUUAUUAGUUAAAAUUAUGUUGAGUUACUAAAAGUACAUUAUUUUAUCGAAGUUUACAUCGUGGACUGUAUUUUUAAUACUACUUGUAAAUAUAUAGUUAAUAAACAUUUUCUAAAUCAA